UCUAUGCGGGUUUUGUUGUUAGUAGCGGAGAGCAGUCCGUGGAGGCCGUGUGUCUCUGACGUGUCCGCCGGGAGCACGCCGAUGGUCGCCUGAGAGGACUAACAAGAAGGGGGAGGGAGGUGGUGUUUUUUUUUUCCCCCCAGUCGAGACCGGGGACUACACCGGUUGCUCGCCACCUGAGCCCCAGGGAGGUGGACCAGCCCGGCCGACAUGGGCAACAGUUUGUCCAACGUGUCCGCCUUCCAGUCGCUCCACAUCGUCAUGCUGGGUCUGGACUCGGCCGGCAAGACCACGGUCCUGUACCGGCUCAAGUUCAACGAGUUCGUCAACACGGUGCCCACCAUCGGCUUCAACACGGAGAAGAUCAAGCUGAGCAGCGCCAAGGGCAUCAGCUGCCACUUCUGGGACGUCGGCGGCCAGGAGAAGCUCCGCCCCCUCUGGAAGUCCUACAGCCGCUGCACGGACGGCAUCGUCUACGUGGUGGACUCGGUGGACGUGGACCGGCUGGAGGAGGCCCGCACCGAGCUGCACAAGGUGACCAAGUUCGCGGAGAACCAGGGCACGCCGCUGCUGGUCAUCGCCAACAAGCAGGACCUGCCCCGCUCGCUGCCGGUGGACGCCAUCGAGAAGCAGCUGGCCCUGCACGAGCUGGCCCCCGCCACCUGCUACCACGUGCAGCCCGCCUGCGCCAUCAUCGGCGAGGGUCUGCACGAGGGCAUGGACAAGCUGCACGAGAUGAUCGUCAAGCGGCGGAAGAGCCUGAAGGCCAAGAAGAAGCGGUGACGUCACAUCCGGAUGUCCGACUUUGCACUUUUCCCGAGUAUAUGAAACGGUGCCGCUGUGUUGGCCCCGGAACGGACCAAUUGCCAUUGUUUCCUAUGGGAAUCUUUUAGGCUCGUCCGAGGUUGGCGGGCACGCGCGCGAGCAGACAUUCCACCGCAUGGGCAAGACGUGCGCGUGCUCGGGUGCGUGUGCACGCUGAUGUGUUUAACAGAGCGCUGACAAAUGUGUCGCGCGCCUGCUGCAGUUUAGUCUGGGAGAUGUCUCAGUAUGGACCACACACGCACACACACGCGCGCGCCAUGGAAAAACUGUUGCUAAUAAUAUGACCGUGAGGUGGAAAUAGGAGUACAUAAAAGACGUGUUGUAAGAAAAAAAAAGUUUUCAUUCGAGGAUGUUCCUAAUAAAGUGGCUGUUAUCAUCA